UCUGGUUUUUGCGAGCGCGAGAAGGCAAAGCUUGACGGUGAGGAGUGUGUGUGCAUGAGCAAAGCCUCUCGUUCACGACACGCUUUAUUCGCACUCUCCACUGUUCAAGGUGGAACUUGACUUUUCUCUUGUCCGGGGAGACGUCUAAACAACAGGGAAUAUACAUUCUGACUCAAACGUCUACGGUGUUGGAAAAUCAUGUCAGCCUCGGCGGCGAAAGUCGGUAGAAAGGAGAACUCGAAUCACGAAGGAGCGGACGAGACCUCCGAAAAAGAGCAACAGGAAGCAAUUGAACACAUUGACGAAGUACAAAAUGAAAUUGACAGAUUGAACGAACAGGCCAGUGAGGAGAUUUUAAAAGUAGAGCAGAAGUACAAUAAGUUACGCCAGCCAUUCUUCCAGAAGCGGUCAGAACUCAUAGCAAAAAUCCCCAACUUCUGGGUCACAACAUUCGUCAACCAUCCACAAGUUUCAGCCCUUCUUGGCGAGGAGGAUGAGGAGGCACUUCAUUACCUGACCAGGGUGGAGGUGACUGAGUUUGAAGACAUCAAGUCGGGUUACAGAAUAGAUUUUUACUUUGACGAGAACCCGUACUUUGAGAACAAAAUCCUCUCCAAAGAGUUUCACUUGAAUGAAAGUGGGGACCCAUCUUCAAAGUCAACUGAAAUCACAUGGAAGGCUGGGAAGGACCUGACAAAGCGUGCUGGCCAAACGCCAAACAAGGCUGGUAAGAAGAGGCAACACGAAGAACCAGAGAGCUUCUUCACCUGGUUCACAGACCACUCCGAUGCCGGGGCAGACGAGCUAGGAGAAGUUGUCAAGGACGACAUCUGGCCCAACCCAUUACAGUACUAUCUGGUCCCUGAUAUGGAUGAUGAGGAAGGGGAAGGUGAGGACGAUGAUGAUGAUGAAGAGGGCUUGGAAGACAUCGACGAGGAAGGAGAUGAGGACGAAGGCGAAGAAGACGACGAUGAGGAUGGAGAAGACGGAGAGGACGACGGCGAGGAUGAUUAAGCUCGAAAAGGAUGUAUUCCAACCUCCAUCUUUUCCCCCUUCUUUCCUUUUAAUCAUCCUUUAACCCUAGGGAGCAAGAAGUUUGUUUUAUUUUAUUUUUGUAUUAUUUUGUGCUAUGUCUCCUGUUCUACAAGCUUCCACCUGUCCAUACCAUGUCUUCAAGACCAGUUAAUUCCCAGGCCAUGCCCGCAGCAGUAUCACGUGUCAUAAAACUACUACACAUGUCUCCUAAGACAUAAACGUACUAGCAUUCUGCACGUUCAUCUUAUAUAGACUAAAAUAAAGUUGAAUAGCAAUUUGUAUGUAUGAUAUAUAAAUACGGUUUCUGUUAAACUUGUGAGUUGAAUAAAGAUAAGCCAUGGUGCGGUGAUAACUUAA